AUGUCUAGCAUGUUUGGUAUUCCUAUAGGCGUUGAUGUUCAUACAAGACAUAUUUGUAAGAUUGGGUCGCAUACAGCUGAAUAUGCUAGAGUUUUGGUUGAUGUUGACACAACUAGAGAUGUGGUUGGUGGGAUUUCUGUUUCAUUCCCUAAUGGUAAUGGAUAUCUGUUGUCCGAUCUUCGAAUUGAGUACCCAAGUAGGUGUUCUUUUUCCAAGGCGUUUGACCAUACUGAUAGAAAUUGUGUUGGCGCGAAGGACAAAGCCAACAAGCUCAAUGAGAUGCAUUUGAAGAAAGAACAACAGGACACUACUAUCAAGGUUGCGGUUGCUCAUGAUCGAGACCUGGUUGAACAGAUAGGGAAGGAUAUAUAUUUUGAUCUUGUCGACCAUAACAAAGUUUGGAGCUUUUGUGUAGAGAAGCAAAUGCCAUUUAACAAAGUGAAGGAAGAGGUUGCUAGAGCAUUUGGUGUGCCUGUUGAAUGUCAACGGUUCUGGACAUGGGCAAAGAGACAAAACCACACAUACCGUCCUUAUAGGCCUUUAACACGCCUAGAGGAAACAAAAUCGGUUGGGGAGUUGAGGGUGGCUUACAAUAAGAUUGGUAAUGCUGAAGCUGAACUGAAUUUAUUCUUGGAGACAACUGUGAUUGGCCCGGAUUCGCAUCCGCUUCCUCCACCUCACAUAAGCAAAGAAGAUAUACUUGUUUUCUUCAAGCUUUAUGAUCCUGACAAGUUACAACUCCGAUAUGUCGGUAGGCUUUUUGUGAGGAGUUCUGGAACACCAACUGAAAUUAUAUCAAAAUUAAAUGAGAUAGUUGGAUUUAGUCCGCAUGAAGAAAUCGAACUGUACGAGGAAAUUAAAUUUGACAAGUAUCAAGAACUAGAAUUUGGUUCAUGUGUGAUGUGUGAACGUCUUGACAAGAGAAGCUCAUUUAGAUCUAGCCAGAUCAGGGACGGAGACAUUAUUUGCUUUCAGAAACUAUCCCAGAUUGAAUACAAAUACGCUGACGUUCCUUCAUUUCUGGAAUAUGUCAAAAAUCGUCAGGUGGUUUGUUUUCGAUCUCUGGAUAGGCCUAAUGAGGAUGCUUUCAUUCUUGAAUUAGUUGCUGAGCAACUUGAUGUGGCUGAUCCAUCAAAAAUCAGGUUUACUCGUCACAACUACUAUUUUAAAAAGCCAGAGUCCAACCCAAUCCAGUAUCGUUUUGAAGGACAUUUACCAGUUAUGCUACGCCACUACAUUCAGGAUUAUGGUAUUAUGUAUUAUGAAGUGUUAAACACCAGUCUGCCGGAAUUACAACAUAUGAAAACCUUGAAGGUUGCAUUUUACGGUGCAACCACAACCAAGGAAGAGCCUGCCAUUCACAAUAUUAGCCUGCCUAAGCAGAGCACUGUGGGAGAUGUUCUCACUGAAAUUAAGAAAACGGUCAAGACAGAUGCUGAACUUAGAUUGCUUCAAUUACGCAGCCACAUGAUUUAUAAGGUAUUGACACCGGCUGCGACAAUUGAGGGUAUAGAUGACAAAUACUGGACAUUAUUACGUGCAGAAAAAAUUCCAGAAGAAGAGAAGGGCAUGGGAACCAGGGAUCGGCGCAUUCAUGUGUACCAUUUCACCAGAGAGGCUGACCAGGAGGUGCGAAACUUUGGGCAGCCUUUCUUUCUCGUAAUUCGUGUAAAUGAAACUUUAGCUGCUGUUAAAGUCCGCAUUCAGCACAAGUUACAGGUCCCUGAUGAUGAAUUUUCCAAGUGGAAGUUUGCAUUUGUAUAUCUGUUAAAUGUCAAGUAUCUACAAGAUUCAGAUAUUGUAUCUCACCCUUUUCAGAGAACAAGAGACAGUGAUUUGCUGCUGCCACCGUACCUUGGGUUGGAACAUACUCGGAACACCAACAGGCUACAGCAACUUGGGUGCCUAAAUUAGUCUUUUCCUUUCCUAUGUUGGAUGUGGGGACAUGUAAAACCGUUGACCUUGUUUUAAUGUCUAAUGCUGACCCUCGUUAAACUAUAAUUAUGUUUCAGGUU